CCUUCAACAACAACAGCUCGUCAGGGACCUCGGUAGUUUUCUAGCAAACAUUGCUACAAUAUUCACGCUCUUUACACUGUUUUUGGUGUAUAUUAGUCGCUGUGUAUUAAACACACUUCUGUCGUAUGUACUUGUUGGCCCAUUUAAUUAUAUGUUUACGUUGUUUGUCAGCUAGCUGGUUUGCUAAGUUAUCUUAGAACUAAGCUAGUCGCUAAUGCUAGCUAGCUAACAUCCCCGACCAUGAGUUCACUAAGCUACUCUCCUCCUGUUAAAGAAGAGGUCUGCUGGACGGAGAAAGAAGCUCUCGUCAAAGAGGAGGAGGACGAGAAGGAUGUUACAAUACAAAAAGAAGUAGAGGGUGAGGCUGUUACCUUGAAAGAAGAAGAGAAAGACGUUUCAGUGAAAGAAGAGGAAGAUGCGUUCAGAGUGAAAGAGGAGGAGGAUGUUACAGUAAAAGAAGAGGAGGAAGAGAAAGAGGAGGAGGAUGCAGUUUAUGGCGUGAAAGAGAAGGGGGAGAUGACUGUCACAUUGGAGGAAGAAGAGGAGGUUGGAGAUCUGUUUAACACCAGAGAGAUACGGGACUAUCGUGGAUCCUCUGGGGAGCCUCAACAACCUCAUGAUGCUGAAGAGGCAGAGAUGAGUCUUUCCAGAUCAGAACACCUCAAUAAACACCUGCAGAGAUCCACAGGAAAGAGACCUCUCUGCUGCUCUGACUGUGGGAAGAGAUUCACCUCCUCAUCAGGCAUUAAAAUUCAUCAGAGAAUCCACACAGGAGAGAAACCUUAUAGCUGUGCUCAAUGUGGAAAGAGGUUUACUCAGUCAACAGGCCUGAUAUCACACCAGAGAAUACACACAGGAGAUAAACCUUAUAGCUGUGAUCAAUGUGGGAAGAGUUUUACUACAUCUAGCACUCUGACUUUACACCAGAGAAUACACACAGGAGAGAAACCUUAUAGCUGUGGUCAAUGUGGGAAGAGGUUUACUCAGUCAACCGGCCUGAUAUCACACCAGAGAAUACAUACAGGAGAUAAAUCUUAUUGCUGUGAUCAAUGUGAGAAGAGUUUUACAACAUCUGUCUCUCUGACUUUACACCAGAGAAUACACACAGGAGCGAAACCUUAUAGCUGUGGUCAAUGUGGGAAGAGUUUUGGUCAAUCUGGCAAUCUGACAGUGCACCAGAGAAUACACACAGGAGAUAAACCUUAUAGCUGUGAUCAAUGUGGGAAGAGGUUUACCACAUCUGUCUCUCUGACGGUGCACCAAAGAAUACACACAGGAGAGAAAUCUUAUAGCUGUGGUCAAUGUGGGAAGAGUUUUGGUCAAUCUGGCAAUCUGACAGUGCACCAGAGAAUACACACAGGAGAGAAACCUUAUAGCUGUGAUCAAUGUGGGAAGAGUUUUACUACAUCUGGCUCUCUGACUUUACACCAGAGAAUACACACAGGAGAGAAACCUUAUAGCUGUGAUCUUUGUGGGAAGAGUUUUUCUACAUCUGGCUCUCUGACUUUACACCAGAGAAUACACACAGGAGAGAAAUCUUAUAGCUGUGAUCUUUGUGGGAAGAGUUUUUCUACAUCUGGCUCUCUGACAGUGCACCAGAGAACACACACAGAAGAGAAACCUCGUAACUUAUAACUGUUGUCAAUGUGGGAAGAGUUUUACUACAUCUAGCUAGCUGACUUCACACACAGGAGAGACAUCUCUUAACUAUAAUCAAUGUGGGAAGAGAGACACUGAUAAAAGAUCUCUGAUUAAACAUCAGAAAAUACAUGGAGUUGUUUCAUGAUAUCAAUGAAAUAAUGCAGAAUGUUUUUUUAAUUUAACAAGGCAAGUCAGUUAAGAACAAAUUCUUAUUUUCAAUGACGGCCUAGGAACAAUGGGUUAACUGCCUGUUCAGGGGCAGAACGACAGAUUUGUACCUUGUCAGCUCGGGGGUUUGAACUUGCAACCUUCCGGUUACUAGUCCAAAGCUCUAACCACUAGGCUACCCUUAACAUUGUAGUGAUGUCACAAUGUAGAACCCUAAUCGUUUGCCCCCUGUUCUGUUGAUUUCAGCAUUAUAUGGAUAUUAGCCUCAGGGCGAAAAUCCAGGCUCUGAAUUGAAAGGCUACUAUUUAUGCGAUAUAACAAAAGUGACUAACAAAAAAGGAGUUGUGUUACACUUAACACGUUGGUGACACACUUGAAUCAAAAUGCAACACUUCAAAAUGUUUAGGUUUUCAAUAUAUCCAAACUGUUUCUGCAUAUUGGUUAUUGAUUUGAACACGUUAAAACUGUGUUUUUACGUUAUGCUAUUCCAAUUUAGCAAAAUGUAAUUGAAAAGAAGACUAUGCACGAAAUCCAAUAUACGUUCGGGUGAAAGUUGAGAAGAUGUUUUUUCAAUGACAUAAACAUCUUAAUUUCAAUGUUCUUGCAGCCUAUACACAUGGACACAGUAUAAUAAAUUGGUCUAUAAUCAAUUUUAUUAACAAUCCUACAUCACUCCAGCAUUUCUUGACAACAUUCAGGUGCUAAUUGUCUUUAUUCCACUACUGAAGUAGCAUGACACAAGUCACCUUAUAUUUCAAACAUUCAGCCUGACAAAAGAUACAUGUUUUAUUAUUCUAUGCCUCACCAUUAAGUGAAUUAUUGCCAAUACAUAUUAACCUUUCUAGGGCGGAACCCCUCGACAACAUUCCGCCGAAAAGGCAGCUUGCGAAAUUCAAAAAUAUUUUUUACAAGUAUGUAACUCACACAUUAACAAGUCCAAUACAGCAAAUUAAAGAUAAACAUCUUGUUAAUCUACCCAUCUUGAUCGAUUUCAAAAAUGAUUUACAGUGAAAGCACAACAUAUGAUUAUGUUAGGUCAUAGCCAAGUCAAAAAAACCACAGCCAUUUUUCCAGCCAAAGGUAGGAGUCACAAAAAGCAGAAAUAUAGAUAAAAUUAAUCACUUACCUUUGAUGAUCUUCAUCAGAUGACACUCAUAGGACAUCAUGUUACACAAUACAUGUAUCUUUUGUUCGAUAAUGUGCAUAUUUAUAUCCAAAAAUCUCAGUUUACAUUGGCAUGUUACGUGCAGUAAUGUUUUGAUUCCAAAACAUCCGGUGAUUUUGCAGAAAUGCUCAUAAUAAACAUUGAUAAAAGAUACAAGUGUUAUUCACAGAAUUGAAGAUAGAAUUCUCCUUAAUGCAACCACUGUGUCAGAUUUUUUUUUACUUUACGGAAAAAGCAUAAUCUGAGAAGGGCGCUCAGAGCCCAAUCCAGCCAGAGAAAUAUCUGCCAUUUUGGAGUCAAAAGAAGUUAGAAAUAUUAACUUGCCUUUGAUGAUCUUCAUCAGAAGGCACUCCCAGGAAUCCCAGUUUGACAAUAAAUGACUGAUUUGUUCCAUAAAGUCAAUCAUUUAUGUCCAAAUAGCCACUUGUUGUUAGCGUGUUCAGCCCAGCAAUCCAUCUUCAUAAGGCGUGAGCACUUCAUCCAGACAAAAACUUGAAAAGUUCCAUUACAGGUAAUAGAAACAUAUCAAACGAUGUAUGGAAUCAAUAUUUAGGAUGUUUUUAACAUAAAUCAUCAAUAAGCUUCCAAACAGCAGAUUCCUAUGUCUGUAGAAAAGCCAUGGAACUGUCGGGAGCGCGCGUCAUGAGACCAAGGCACUCUGCCAGACCACUGACUCUCAUGAGCCCCUCCUUUAUAGUAGAAUCCUCAUUCAAGUUUCAAAAGACGGUUGACAUCUAGUGGAAGCCUUAGGAAGUGCAACUGUAUCCAUAUCCCACUGUGUAUUCGGUCGACCAAGCUUUGAAAAACUACAAACCUCAGAUUUCCCACUUCCUGGUUGGAUUUUUCUCAGGUUUUUGCCUGCCAUAUGAGUUCUGUUACAUUCACAGACAUCAUUCAAACAGUUCUAGAAACUUCAGAGUGUUUUCUAUCCAAUACUAAUAAUAAUAUGCAUAUAUUAGCAUCUGGGACAGAGUAGGAGGCAGUUCACUCUGGGCAAGCUAUUCAUCCAAAAGUGAAAACGCUGCCCCCUUUCCCAAAAAGGUUUUAACAAAGGGGUAUAGCACGUAUAGCUCGUUAGCAUGUAGGGCACACUGAUUGGUGUCACCUCGUUAGUCAGUAUGUGUUACACCUGUGCUGGCUUGUCCAGCUCGUUAGUGGGACGGUGUUUCACCUGAGCUGGUCCAGGUUCUAUUUUAGAGUGUCUGGCCCAGUGCCCCAGUUGUCUUGAUAGAUGUGGAGAGUCAAACACCUUUAGUUGAGCCACCAUUUUGGUUUGCUUCCUGUCUUUAAGUUUGGUUUGGUGUGGUUUUUUGUUUUGUUUUCCUUUUCUUUGGCAGAUUUAGUGGGUCUCAUGGUGGGUGUCUUUUAUCUCCCAGUUGUUGUUACUAGUCAACUUUCAGUGGACACCCCCAUAGUGUCUUUCAGAACCCCUCCUAAAAAACAAGCUUAUAUUUUGGGUUGUAUAUUGCAUCCAAUUAGUAUUUUAAUCAAUGGCAUUUCCUUAGAAUGUUCAUUAGUCUUACAGUUGUUAAUCUUGUUCUCUUAUCCUGUUAUGUUUGUGUACUAGAAAUGUCUGUUUAUUUUCAUAGUUUUUUCCUGUGAAGCCAUUGUGUUGCAUCCAUGUCUGACAUGUGCUGUAUAAAUAAAGCUUGAUUUGAUUUCAACAAAUGAACCCAAUGACUAACAAAUCAACAGACUCCUGGUCCCUCUUAGUAUGAAAAUCAGUAUCAAUCCCAUGUCA